GUUCAGUCCGUCCCUCACCGUGGAGGGAGAGUGUCGCAUGUCCGUAGUGGAGAGACAUUUCCAGCGAUGAUUUCGUAAUGUCGUCAUAACUCCCACACAGUGACACCAGCAACCUACUCACGAUACCGAGACAGCGACAAACAAACGACCAGUGCACGCACAGACGAAUAAAACCACGCAACACCCACUCGAGAGAGAGGGUGAGAGAGAGAGCCAGAGAGGCUUGUGGCUACUCACUCUCUCUCUCUCUCUCUCUGUUCUCUGCCUGUCAAUUGGCGUAUGAACAGGCAGCUACUCAGUUGGGUUUAAACCGACCACAUGGCCCCAGCCCACUUGCCCCCCCGCCAUCUGUCCAUCCAUCCAUCCCAUCCACCUGUCUAAAUGAGACCCUGUGUGCUGAGCAUCAUCUCUAUUUCCGACACUCUCUCGCCGUCGGCCAGCGUCAGCAUGCGGCCGUCAGACUGGGCGUGGUGCUCGGGCGGCGGGUGUGCCAGCGACUCCCGCAUGCUCUGAGUGACAUACAUACCCGUUCGGCACUCACUGAGUGAUUCACACGUCUGUCUGUGUCCGUCUCUGUGAGUGUGCAUACCUUCAGGUACGGCCAAUAUCGCGGAUUCAGCACUUGCACCUCCUCUCUCGCCGCCUGGACCUGCGCGUCGGUCACGCCGAGAGCUCCUGCGAGGGUCCAGCCGCCCAUCGUGUUGGCGGCCAUGUCAGCACUGAAGUCGAGCAGGUGCUUCCUGAAGAUGUCUGUGUACUCGAGGGCCUUCUCCAGCAGACGCUCCUUGACCGUCGAAAACGAGAGAUGAGACUGACACACAGGCAGGCAGGCAGGCAGACAGCGCACAUGAGCCAGCUGGACAGGGGAUUGAUUCGUCAUGCACCUUUGUGGCCGCCCGCUGGCAAAGCUUGUUCACGUACUCCUGGAAGUGGUGCUGCUGCAUGAAAUGCACGAUGUUGCCCUUCCUGCCAGGUAUGCAACACACACACACACACACAGAUAUACACACAGAUACAAACAGAUACACGCGCAGAAUGUCAGCAGUGAGCACCGGCAUCCUUACAAGUGGUUCCGUUUGAGGAACUGCUCCGACUUGCUCAAAUGCACAUUCCCCGUCAGCCCCACUUGCUCAGUGACGUCCUCGCCGAAAAGGCGCAUACAUGAAUGGACGACGGCGUCCGUGCAGAUGGUCGGCAUGUCAGGCAAGAAAUAAAAGACGAACGUCUUGCCUCCAAUCGUGACGGUCGCGGUCUUGUCGGCCCAGAAGAGCAUGUCCAGUGGGCUGCGGACCUCGAUGAGAGGGUCCAAGAUCGGCAAGUGGCGGGUCUUCUCAAAGUAGCUGAGAAUGAGGUCCUCGAUCGCCCUCGACGCAGCGCGGACCAGACGGGCCAGCAUCGACCGGAGCGAGUCAGGAUGCAGCUCCGAGAAUGGGGUAGUGUCCAGCGACAGGCGGGCGAACCGGAAGGUCGGAUAGUCUAUCGAAUCGUGGAGGGCGCCGCUCCUGCAGGCGUCUUCCUUGAGUGAAUAGACUCUCGCGCCCUUCACAGCACUUGUUGCCUGGCUGUCACGCUCCCCACGCUUCACGUAGCUCAGUAAGCCGAUAUUGACGUGGCGGAAUCGCGUCAAAACCAGGCCCAUCGAGACCUUGGUCAGGGGACGACUUGCCAGCUCGCUGAUGAUCUGGUCCUCCUUGCGCCGCUGCAGCUCGUAGAACUCAUCCUCGGACAUCAUCCCGUACACGUACUUGACCGGGGCUUCGUUGUCGUACCGAAAGGCUCCCACAUUCGACAGCGUCUUGGCGUCCUUACACACAUUCUUGUGUGCCGCCCUCCAGUGGUUCCGCUGACACUCGAGCGAGCAGUAGCUGACGAGCCGGCAUUCGCCGCACGUGGAGAGUGAUGGCACUGCAGGCGGCCCCUUCCCACACAUGGCGCAGCGCCGUUCUGUCGGGUAGGCCGCUCUGUCGUCAGAGAGGCGCACCUUGUAGCCACGCAUCUCUGACGGCAGCACAGCGGAAAAAGAGCCAAUCAGGGCCUGCGUGCAUGCCCUUCCCGCCCUGUCUGCGCGGUGCGCACCAACCCACCUGCAGCGGUGAAGGGCACGUCAGAUGCUCCUGUCACGCGAGGACUGGCCGCAGUCGAACUGGCGGCCGUCGAGUCGGGCUGACUGGCCUCCCUUUGCUGGCUCGCGGGCACCAUGUGACCACGCAUCUCUGACACACACCAAGGACACACUUAAUGUCUGUUUUGUGGUCUCGUCUGCGUUUCCACCCCACCCACGGUGACCCACCUGCAGAGGCAGAGGGGAAGGGCACGUCAGAUGAUGCCGUCACGCGCUGCUGUUGCUGCUGCUUCUUCUGCUUCUGCUUGUCGAGAGCCAUCGCGGCCAUCGCUCUGCUGGCAGCCGAAGGUCCUCCAUCGUCGGAUGAGUCGCUCGUCGAGUCAAG